AUGACAGGACAGAUGAUCAAUGAAAAUCAGACAAGGGUGACUGAGUUCUUCUUCUCUAUUUUCCCACACAUACAUGACGGUGGUCUCUUGUUCUUUAUCCCUUUGCUUUUCAUCUAUGGAUUUAUCAUAACUGGUAACCUCAUGAUAUUCAUUGUCGUCCAGCUGGACAUGGCACUUCAUACUCCAAUGUAUUUCUUCAUCAGUGUCCUCUCCUUCCUGGAGAUCUGGUAUACCACAACCACUAUCCCCAAGAUGCUCUUCAACCUGGUCAGUGAUCAGAAGACCAUCUCUCUGACUGGAUGCCUCCUACAGAUGUACUUCUUCCAUUCCCUUGGCAUCACAGAAGGCUGUGUUCUGACAGCAAUGGCCAUUGACAGGUACAUAGCUAUCUGCAAUCCUCUCCGUUACCCAACCAUCAUGACUCCCAAACUGUGUAUUCAAUUGACAACGGGGUCCUGUUUCUGUGGCUUCCUUCUUGUGCUCCCUGAGAUUGUGUGGAUUGCUACCUUGCCUUUCUGUGACUCCAACCAGAUCCGGCAGAUCUUCUGUGAUUUCACACCUGUGCUAAAGUUGGCCUGUACUGAUACAUCACUAGUCAUCAUUGUGGAUGCCAUUCAUGCAGCAGAGAUCCUGGCCUCCUUCCUGGUCAUCGCCCUAUCUUACAUUCGGAUCAUCGUAGUAAUCUUGGGGAUGCCCUCGGCAGAGGGCCGCCACAAGGCCUUUUCCACCUGUGCUGCCCACCUUGUUGUGUUCCUGUUGUUUUUUGGUAGUGUGGCUAUCAUGUAUUUGCGAUUUUCAGCCACCUACUCAGUGUUUUGGGACACAGUGAUUGCUGUAACUUUUGUUAUCCUUGCUCCGUUCCUCAACCCUCUCAUCUACAGCCUGAGAAAUAAGGACAUGAAAGAUGCCAUCAAGAGGCUUUUCUCCUCCCAGAAGAGGGCCGGUGGGGCCAGGAGAUAG